GAUGAUAAUGAUGAUGAUGAUGAUGAUGAUGAUGAUGAUGAUGAUGAUGAUGAUGAUGAUGAUGAUGAUGACGGCGACGACGAUGAUGGUGAUGAUGAUGGUGAUGAUGAUGGUGAUGAUGGUGGUGAUGGUGAUGGUAAUUGGUGUUGGUGUUGUUGUUGUUGUUGUGGGUGGUGGUGUGGUGGUGAUAAUGGGGAUGAUGGCGGCGAUGAUGAUGGUGAUGAUGGGGGUGACGGUGAUGGUGAUGAUGGUGGUGAUGGUGAUGGUGGUGAUGGUGGUGGUGGUGUUGGUAGUUGAUGAUGGUGAUGUUGAUGUUGGUGGUGAUGAUGAUGAUGAUGAUGAUGAUGAUGAUGAUGGUGAUGACGGU